ACUCGCGAACGCGUUGUGCUGUCUGCAGUAACCCGCGAGUGUCACAAUAAAAAAAAUCGCAAAAACUGAAUGAUUAUUGUGUGAAAUAAACAUUUAUUGUUAACUUUCAAGUUCUGUACAGUGUUAAAUGUUUGAUGGAAGCGUAUUUGGGGGCCGCUGAUGCUGCUAUAACGAGAUACAGAUCAAAAUCAGCCAAUCACUCGCCGCUACAAAACAAAUGGAUUAGCCUUAUAUUAUAAUAUAAGCCAAUCAAAUUAGACUAAGCAUAACAAUGUCGCGACACAUAGUAACCGUUUGCAUGUUCUGCCUGCUAUGCGCAGCGCACUCGUGCGGCUCACACAUAGACAUACAAAACGACGGAGUACUUACAUACGAUGCUAAUAUUAAUGAUGUCGACCACUUAAAUAUAGACUUAGAAGAGAAAAGAAAACUACCAUCGUCGAGAUAUCAUCAGAAGUUACAGAAGAUUAGACAGGGGAAGGCUAAGAGAGAGAUCAAAGUGAAUCCAGAUACGUAUGUGACGCAGAUUUUUAGAUUAUACGGUGACGCUGGUAGUAUGACGAUGAAUUUGACUGGGUUCAACAAGAUGCUAGAAGAAUUAGAUCUACAUAAAUUAGUUGAGGGCGGAGAGAGAAGCGAGAGCCGAGGAUACUUCCACGGACAGAAUGGAAAAGAGGAUGUUGUUAAUUGUAUGAACAGCUCCGACCUAAUCACAACAGUGAACACGCGGUUAAAACCCGCACACGACCACUCACACCCACACUCACACACAGAACACGGCGACCACGACCACGAGUCGGACGCCAUCAUCACAGAAACCACACUACAGACUAUAUGUCCCAUACUCCUAUACCAAAAACUAGCCAAUACCUCCAUAGAACGCACAGGAUGCAUAAAAGAAACCAGUAUAGGAAGAAGAACUGACGUCACAAUAAAACACGUUCCAGAAGAAAGUGCAUACCACAAAAAUAUGUACGCUGUCUGGCUAUAUUCAUCCUUAUGUAUACUAGCAAUAAGUGCCUGUGGUCUUUUAGGAGUAGCUGUCAUACCAAUCAUGCAUAAAACUUAUUACAAUCAUCUCCUACAGUUCUUAGUGGCAUUGGCAGUUGGCACACUAUGUGGAGACGCCUUACUGCAUCUAAUGCCUCAUGCCAUGAGUCCAGCUCAUGACCAUGGAGCUCAUGGAGAGACAGAGUUAGAAGUACGAGCCUCGCAUGACGAUGGCAUGUGGAAGGGACUCGCAGCUAUGUUAGGAGUAGUCUUCUUCUACUUCACCGAAAAGGGGCUAACAGUUGUAGUUGAAUGGAGAAAACGCCGCCAAAAGUUGGAGGAGGACAAACUCCCGACUAGAGUGCGAGUUCUUAAAGAUGAGACAGUAGGAGGAUGUUCAGGAGGUUCCAAAGCGGUAAUAACGAACUCCACAUCAAAUUCUUUACUGAAAAUCUUUAAGAGAGACGAGAAGGGUGACCCUACAACGAAGACUUGUAAGCACAAAUAUUCGGAGUACCCUUAUUGUUAUGACGAGAUCGACACGGACACUCAUGAUGAUCACCACUUAAGAGAUGGUAUACCUUCAAGUCCAAAGCAUGGAAAGAAGCAUAAUAACUCCGUUAGUGUGGUAUCUUCGAAUGCUCUCAAUGCUGAAGGUAAGGAGGAACCGACGGCUAAGGACUGGCUGCUGAAGGGUGAGACGACUCCUGCAGUGGUGGAAAUGAAUAAUAUCAAGCAUAAAGAGGACGGUUCCAAGGAUCUCAAGGAUGGGGAUAGUUAUACUGUUAUUUUGAGAGAGCAUUCGCGAGCGCACCACGGGCACUCCCAUGCACACGGCCACGUGCACGCUCCCCCCUCGUCCAUCGCCUCCGUGGCCUGGAUGGUCAUCAUGGGAGACGGGCUCCAUAACUUCACGGACGGCAUGGCUAUCGGUGCCGCGUUCGCGUCCAACAUAGCUGGUGGCUUCUCAACAGCUAUAGCGGUGCUGUGCCACGAACUGCCUCAUGAAUUGGGAGACUUCGCAGUCCUCCUAAAAGCAGGCAUGUCAGUACGUCGCGCAGUUGCCUACAACGUGCUGUCGUCGGGUCUGUGCCUGCUGGGCAUGGUGUGUGGAGUCCUGGCUGGCCAUGCACCGUCAGCCACUCGCUGGCUGUUCGCAGCCGCCGCCGGCAUGUUCCUGUACAUCGCUCUUGUUGAUAUGAUGCCAGAGCUAAGUACAUCGCACAGCAAAGAAGGGACCCUCUGCCAGUGCAUCCUGCAACUUAUGGGGCUUGCAACAGGCAUCGGCAUCAUGCUGGUCAUAGCCCUCUACGAAGAAGACCUAAAGACAUUGUUCGGCUAAACUGUGCAAGUGCGCCAAACCUGUGCAAGUGCGCCAAACCUGUGCAAAUGCACCUAAACAUGUGCAAAUGCCCAAAACCUGUGCAAGUGCCCAAAAAGUGAAUUUUGUGUUGAUAAAUCCAGUGUUAGUGCCAAUCGGACUUUAACAAGUUUAGCUAAGUGAACUUAUGGUCUACGGCCAUAGUGUAUAGUUAAAAGUGAAUGAAAGAUACAUAAAAAUGAAAGUUUCAUGAAUUGACAGUACUCUCUCGAAUAUUUCGGUUUUUUUUUUCAGUGUAUUUUUCGGUGCUAAGCUGUUUUGUAGAUGGGCUUUUAUGUGCAAUGGCAAUGUUGGUUAUUCUGAAGUGAAAAACUAGGCUGCCCACUGCUCAACAUAGGCCUCCCCUAAUGAAAAACUAAGUUGCUAUAUAGCUAAUCGAGUUGUUUUAACUACGACUGUCGAGUAACAGGUCUUGGGUUGAAUUCCUGUAUUAAUGAGUAUUUCGUUUUGUGAAAUUCUUAAUAAUAUGUAUAGCAUUGAUUUUGGAACUGUGCUCUUAUAGUUAAAUUAAUUAUUGUUAAUAAAUGGGUAGUAACAGAAACAUCCCUGUCUACCCCUUUUAGACUAUUGUAGUCUAACUUAUGUUCCUAUCCGUCUGUCUCGUUCUACAACACAUGUCUUAUUUUCCAUCCUUGUCACACAUUGCCAUUUUGCAUAUAAGUAAUCUAUAAAUUUAAUCUAUCCUAAUUAUGUUUGAGUAGUUUUUGAGAUUGUCGCGCGAUGAUACUUAAUUGUACUUAUCUAAUUACUUAAUUUUGAAAAAAAUAAUUAAGUUUAAAUUGUUACUUGAAAUUUUUUGAAACACCCUGUGUAUUUUGAAGCGUUGUUCCUGGUUUCUGCAUGUGGUAGAUGUUGAUUAUGUUUCUUGAUAUGGUAUGGGUUCGAUUUGCUCAAAAUUAUCAAUAAUUUCACCAUAUCUGAAUUUGCAUGCUAAAUCAAUACUAGAAAACUAUAGUACUUUUUCAACCGGGGAAUCGAACCUUAUCCAACAUACUAAAAUGUAAUCAAUAAUCUAAAACUUGCAGAAAAUCUAUAGCCUACCUCUAUUUGUUACAAUCUAAAUACAAUUACUCUUUUUUUUGAAGACGGCUAACAAAAGGGUUUCAAAAAAUUUUUAAAUCCUAUCCUACCUAGUACUUACGUAUUGAAAUAUGUAAAUAAAUAUACAAAUUGUGAUAAUGUUGCUACGACGAAAUUGUAUGUAUUGUAUGUUUGUUUGUCUGUAUGUAUGUAUGUAUAUUGGUACUCCCACACUGUCUGUUAAUAAUGUUAACAAAUAUUUUCAAAUUAUUUUUAAUUACGAUCAUAUUAAUGUAAGGGAAAUAAUAAAUAAAAGAAAUGUUCUUUAUUAUAUUUUCGUUGGUUAAAAAUUGUGUUGACAUUACAAAAUCACACUUUUAAAUUGAUUUGGUGAUAUCAAGUCAUAUUUUUCUCAAAAACUUGUACAUAGGAAGCUAUAAUUUGUCACUAAUCACUAUAGGUAUCCAAAAAAGUAUUGAAUGUCAACCAUUCAUAAAGUUAAAGCGCUUAAAACAUGUACCUAAUUAAAUAUAACAAUUCCUUAUUAUUUGUUAAAACAAGUUUGUUAAACUACUUUUAAAAAUGUGUGUUAACAAAGAAGUUUGUUAACAAUGAUUAUUAAAACGUAUAUUAACAAAGAAGUUUGUUAACAUAGAUUAUUAAAACAUAUGUUAACAAAGAAGUUUGCCAACAUUACUUUUUAAAAUGUUUGUUAACAUUGUUAACAGUAGUGUGUGAGUUUAUAAUUAUGUAUGAUAACUCGAAUAUCAUUAAAUAGUUGCUUGUAAUUAAACUAAACAUGGUAAUAGUACAUAAGCAUUA